AUGGUCUCCUGGUUUUGGGGGCAGCUCAAGGUAUGAUGUAGUCACGGUAUGAAAAUGAUUCAUGCCAGGUCAAAAAAUCGUUUUUCACAAUAAAUCGUAUCAUACGUUUUUCCACAUAAAUUUAUUUUGGGGGAGGAGCUUUUGAGUUGGGUCCUCCCUGCCUUCCUCUCGGCGGCACUGGAUGGGGCGUGCCAAUUAAUUACAUGAUGAUCAUGCUUCCCCUCAUUCUGGCCUCACUGCCAUUAUAACUUCCAGGUUUUUGUAAACAUUUUGUUUUUUUGUUCAAUUAAUGAUAUCCUGUAUAAUUCUUGUUUAGGUGUUGUUGAAAAAUGGUGCAGACAUGAACGCAUGGGACCAUGACGAUAGAACUCCGUAUCAAAUUGCAAUGCUAUACGGAGAGAGUAAAGAACUUGCCGAGUGUUUAAAAAAUGCAGGUAUUUAUGAAACUGUAAGAGGUUGUUGGUUAUGUGAACCAAGGGUGGAACUACCGGUUAUGUGAACCAAGGGUGGAACUUCAGAGCUUCAAAUUUCAAAAAUUUUCUGGGGGAGAAUGGCCCCGGACCAACUCUGGAAAACCACCAUCUCUCUAACAAAUGUGACCAGAUCUGCCCUCUGAUGUGAGAUUUCCAGUAAGACUGUAAGGACUCACUUGCAGGGGAGGAUCUAGUCUCAUGUGCAAGGAGGGGUGUAGGUUUUCCAUGGGGUGGUGCAUGAGGGAGCCUUACUGCCCACUCUCCUCUGCAGUCUGCAACUCUACUAUCCCAACAUUAUCAUUAUUUGAGACGGCCGAAUCUGCAUGUUCGCUGUUCUGUAAUGUUUUACGUUUCGCUGCUGUCACGAACUACAAUUUACAAAUAGCGAGUAAUUUUUGACUACUUUUUGUUAAAUUUCGUGUCCGCGUGUGCGUUGUACCGGCGGUGGUAAAUCACGUGAUAGAUUAGUAAAAUGCGACAAAUACCGAGUUUUUUCGACGAGCAUUUUGACCAUUUUCAUGUGAUGUGAAAGUUGAAACUUUAUAAAAUAUGCACGCUUUUGUUCACGGCUUUCGUCGAGGAAGCGCAAAGAAAAUAUUGAGUUUUCGUCGAAAAUUUACGUAAUUUAGCGCCUUAGAAAAAUAGAUCGAGGUAGGUAAAGCUUUGCUGUUUUUAAUUUAGCUUAUAUUCUGUUAUUUGUUAUUAUUUUGGUGCCUUAAUUGUGCUCGCACUGAUAUUUUAAUAUUUAUCAAUCAUCAGACGUUUAUGUUUACGAAAGGCCACGUUAUCAAAAUUCUAAUUUUUUUAUAUGCUCAAAUUGAAACGAAGCCAUUGUGCUAGCACUCAGUUAUAUUGUGUGUAAAACUUCAAAUUUCAAAAUUACAUCACAUUCUGUAAAUAGUAUGAACUAAAAAAAUUUAAUACAAUGAAAUAGCAUUCUACUUCGAUAAUUUCAGUCAUAGUCGAGAUCAUAGUUUAAUAAUUAUUUUCAAUCUAUUAUAGUAAUUCACGGUUUCCACGGGUUUUUAUACUUUCAGUAAGCCACAAUGAAGGUACAUUUGUAGGAAAAUAUAAACAUAAUUCGUUUACUUCGAAUGGUCAAUCAGUGAUAAAACCUUGACCUGUUGACCUUGUUAUUACCGUUCGUUGCAACUACAGAUGAACAGUCGCGAAAAGUUUGAAAAAGUUUUGUUAUUUUGACAUAAUAGCUAUUUUUCAAUUAAUAUAUUGAUAUUAAACUUAUUGAAUCAAUAUGUUAAGUUUCAGGCCAGUUGUAUCAAAAUUUAUAAGCGCUUGCGGACCAUAAAAGCGGAUUUCCACUCAGUGCAAAAUGUCGCGCGAUCGACAUUUUGCGAUCACUUUUUUUUAAAUACAAGCAAUAAAACGCAACAGAUCAGGUUGACUGAACGCGUUUUAAAAGAAAGUGAUCGCAAAAAGUUGAUCUCGCGAUAUUUUGCACUGAAUGGAAAUCGGCCUGUCAGGGGCGGGCCUGAAUGCAACUCUCUCCUCCGCAGAGGCUUUAGUCACAGAAAGAUACCAGACCAGAAGAGACAUUCCUAUGUGUUUUGGCUUGGGAAAACGUUCAAAAUUUUUCCGUGCUAUGACGCCAUCCUGGAGUGCACAAAGCACUUUGUACCUAUGUUUGUCCUGUGAAAAACUUCCAUGUGCACUCCAGGAUGGCGUCAUAUGGUGGUGUAUUUUCUCGUCAGCACUCGUAAAACUUCGGACAAAAUAUUGUCUGGGUGACACUUCUGGUCCAGUAUCUAUUCCGGGCUUUAGUUGUCUUAUGAUUUAUCACGAUGGGAUACAUUUCACUACACUUUACAUGGGGGAUCUUGGAACAAGGGCCGAUCCACUGAGCGAAGGAGCAUGGGUGGAAAAGAGUGAAGGAAAAGAAAGGCAAAAGCCUCUGUGGAGGAGGGAGGGCAUGCAACAUGUACGCAUUGCGUACCUAUUUUUUAAAGAGUAGCUGUCAGUGCCUUUUUAAGGAAUUUACCAGGGGGGGAGGCAAAAGAAAAAAAUUCUUCAAGACAGGAAAAAUGUCGGACGUCACGUUUUGAAAAAUUUGUUUGAAUUUGACAUUGCUAUUAUCAACAAACCGUCGAAAAGCGGAAAAUUAUCGUAAAAACGUCGUGAAAAAAUUUCCUUCGGAAAUAACCUUUACUUUGACACGAUGGCUUUGGUUAAAUUUGCUCGCAGCCCACAUCAGAUUAUAGGUCCACUAGCGGCUCGCAACUGAUCAAUCCAGAUCACUUGCUACGCGUAGGAAUUUGAUACAAGUUUUCCAACAUGGGAAGUAAACAAUUAAACAUGUUCUACUUUUAUUUUUCUAAGAAUGGACAACCAAUAGACAUCCAAUAAAGAUCUUUCAAUUUUAUGUGACUAAAAUUUAAAAUCUAAAAUAACUGAAAUUUUUGGGUGAUGCAUUAUCUGUCUGAAGGCCAAUUUACACUACACAACUUUUGCCCAAAGCCUGGUUUCCAUAUGGUCGUAACGGUCGUAAAGAUUGAGUCACGAUCUUUUUCAACAGCCGAAUGUAUAAUUUCAAUGUGGUUUAUAGGUAAAAACUAUUACCCUUUUCAAAUCGAGCGGAGGACUAGGUCUAGUCGCUUGUUUGGAGGGACAAAAAAUAAACAAUAUGCCGAAUAUGGCAUCUAGGAAGUUUUCCUACAUUCCUAAAGUGAUUUGUGCAGCCUGAAACGCAACAAUUUUAAAAAGGAAUCUUUUAAUAUAUAUUUAGCUCGCUCACUAUAACUUGUUGUCCCUCGAAACGUCCCUCCAAACAUCAAGUAGACCCAGUCCUCUGCUCGAGUGGGAAAUGGCUAAUUAUAAUCUGGCUGAUGAGAAAGAUCGUAACUUUAUCUUAUAUGAUCGUUACAACCAUAUAUGGAAACCUGGCUUAAAACUGUUGCAUGCAACGUGCUUACAACUUGAGUUGUACUGUGUAAUUGGCUGCAUGAUCAGAUUAAGACAUAUCAAAUGCCCUUAAAGCGCUGAUGCACUAUGCAACUUGUCUUGCAACUUGUGUCGUAAUUGCAAGGUUAACAUACAUUACAAAAAAUUGCAACGUGUAACAUACAAGUCUCGCAACAUUUUUGUUGCAGGAAACGUUGCGAAAAGUAGAACCUGAUUCUACUUCGUGCAACACUUGCUGCAACAAAAUUGCGAGACAAGUUGCAAGACAAGUUGCAUAGUAGCCCGGGUACCCAAGCCGGCCUGGUUUGGGUAAAAUCUUGCUUUUGUUAUUAUGUCCUACUAAAUUUCAUUUGAAGUUUAUAUGGGAACCGAGCUGGCUAGCCUAAGCGAGAUCCCGCCUCGACUGACCCGAGAUCUAGGGUGCCCAGGCUGGGGAAUUUUCCAUACAAACGCGAUGACCCGGGCUGUCUCGGCCGCUCCUAGUGUCUAAUAAAAUAAAAGGGGCCAAUUAACGAUAGGCAACUUGCACUAAGAGGUCACGUAACCUUGAAUAUACAGAGUGAUGUUUUAAGCAAAAAUUCGUAUUUUUUGUUUUAAAAACUUCAAAAAAGAUAUCUUACACGUUUAGGGUAGGGUGCUUAGUAGAGGGGGAACGCUUUAUAGAGGGUCAUUUGAUGGAGGUUAUAUUUCAUUUUACGUAGUGCUAAAUCUUCUUCUAACUUUAUUUUGUCAAGAUAAGGACGAGGCUAUACGUCGUCUGGAAGCUCUCGAGAAAGGUAAAGCAGAAAAUAAUCGAAUUCCGAUUAUGCUGAUCGGGCAAGGCCGAGGCGGAAAGUCUUCCCUGAUGAGACGUCUUUUAGGAUUACCAAUUCCUCCGCCAUGCCCAUGCCCGUGGCAUUAUAACGACAAACGAACAACAGAAUAAAAGAAAGGGAAUAAAUAAGAAUUCACACAGCUGCAUUAAGUAUCCUACGAGGAGAAAGACGACGUCUCUAUUGGUUCUUCUUUAUAUAUGCUAUGCUCAAUAUUUGCUGAUAUAAUUAUAUAUAAGUCCAGCAUUAUUAAAUUUUACCGUUGUCGUGCUGAGGACACUCGACCAUAUUUUAAAAUUAUGGUUGAUACCUUUUCCCGAUGGUUCAAUACAUUUCUUGAUUUUAAAUUAUGCGUGUCCGGCAUUGAUGUUUUUCGUAAAAAUCCGAUCAACAUUCGAAAAAUGUUUACGUUUUAGCUUCUUUAUGAGUGAUUUUCUUCUAGCAAAAGGAAAGCCUUUCCAGGGCGUGAUUGAGUAAUUUUCGAAAUCUAUUUGUUGAAUAAAAUGGUGUCGGUGCAUAUUUUUGGAGGUUUGAUGGAAAAGUACUUUAAUCUGUGCACACUGGGCCUGUAUAUGUGGCUUGUACAAAACAACCUGAUGAUGUCAUCUACCCAAAAUUUAGUUCAGGCUAAUAAAAAAAAUAAAAGGAGCCAAUUAACAACAGGCGACUUCAUAGGCGUACGGGGCCGCUAAAUUCUGGGGGGGCGGUAGCUUUUUUGCCCAAAAAAUUCCACAUUGCCCAAAAAAUGUCAAAAAAAUUUUUCCGGAAAAAUUAUUUUGGCGAUUUCGGUCAGUGUACCAUUUUCGGUCAGUGUACCAUUUUAGGGGUCAACAUAACACAAAUUUUCCAAAAAUCACAAAAUUUGCCAAAAAAUUUACUUAAUUUUAUACAAAAUUGACAGAAUUUGUCCCAUUUUUUUUAAUUGCAAACCAAAAUUGCCCAAAAAUUUGCCGAAUCUGCCCAAAAAACUGGGAUAUUGCCCAACUGCCCAAAAAACUGGGGGGCUACCCCCCCCCCGCCCCGUACGCCUAUGGGCGACUUGCACUAAGAGGUCCCGUGACUUUAAUCCUUUUGAAAUAGUAGUUAUGGAACUACAAAUCUACAAUGAACAUACAGAGUGAUGGUUUAAGCAAAAUUCUUACACGUUUAGGGCAGGGCGCUUGGUAGAGGCGGGGAACGCUUUAUAGAGGGCUAUUUGGUGGAGAGUAUAUUUCACUUUAUACUAGCCCUAGCUAUAUAUAGCUGAAAGCUAUUUUUACAGUAAUUUUGAAUAUUGAAUAUUAAAUAUUGAUAUGAAUAUUGAUUGAUAUUCAUAUCAAUUUUUUUCUAGACUAAAUACAUAUUUAACGUUGUGUUAGGGUUUGAUUGGCUUUGUUAAAUUUGCUCGCAGCUGGCAUCAGAUUAUAGGUCCACUCGGGGCUCGCAACUGAUCAAUCCAGAUCACUCGCAGCUACGCCUAGGAAUUUGAUGCAAGUUUUCCAACCUGGGAUGUAAACAAUUAAGCAUGUUGCACAAUGAGACUUUAUCUAUUGUUUUUUUUUCUUUGUUUCUGCUUUUAUCCUGCUAAGAAUAUACAAUUACUUUAUGGUUUCCGUGUUUGGAUGGCCUGAUCCAAACACGCGGGAAUGUUGCGAGAGUUAAGAAAAGCGAGCGAAAUCACGAGCCGAAGGCGAGUGAUUUUGCCCGCUUUUCUUAACUCGAGCAACAUUCCCAAGUGUUUGGAUCAGUCCAUCCAAACACGGAAACCAUAAAGUAAUUGUUUUAUAAAAUAACAACAACACGGUAGUCUUCCGUGUUUGGAUGGCCUGAUCCAAACACGGCUUUCGACCAAUCAGAAAACGCGUUAUAUACAUGUUAUUUUAUAAUGUACAAUCAGUAGACGUCGAAUAAAGGUCUUUCAAUUUUAUGUGUAUUAAGCUAACUAUUGUCAAGUGUAUAACUAAAAUUUUUGGAUGUUGCAUCAUGUGUCGAAGACCAAUUUACACUACACAACUUUUGCCCAAAGUCUGGUUUCCUUAGGGUCGUAACGGUCGUAAAGAUCAAUCCUCCUAAAAUAGUAGGUAAUAAUUCAAAUUUUUUGUUUUAAAAACUUCAAAAAAAUAUUCUUACACGUUUAGGGCAGGGCGUUUGGUAGAGGGGGGAGCGCUUUAUAGAGGGUCAUUUGAUGAAUGUUAUAUUUCAUUUUACGUAGUACUGAAUUUUGUGUUAACUUUAUUUUGUCAAGAGCUUCUUGAAGAGGAAAGACGUAGAGAGGAAGCUCGCUUCAAAGGUAAAGCAAAAAAUAAUCCAAUUCCGAUCAUGCUGAUCGGGCAAGGCUGAGGCGGAAAGACUUCGCUGAUGAGAAGUCUUUUAGGAUUACCAAUCCCUCCGCCAUGCCCAUGCCCGUGGCAUUAUAACGACAAACGAACAACAGGAUAAAAGAAAGGGAAUAAAUAAGAAUUCACACAACUGCAUUAAACAUUCUACCAGGAGAAAGACGGUGUCUCUAUUGGUUCUUGUUUAUAUAUUUUAUGCCCAAUAUUAGCUGAUAUAUAGAGGAUAUUACACGGUGGCGCGAAGAUAUGACUUUUAUCUUCGAGUGGUGAAAACAAUAUUUUACGAACGAGCGCAGUGAGUGAGUAAAAUAUUGUUUUUAACACGAGAAGAUAACAGUCAUAUCUUCAAGCUACGGUGUAAUGUUCUGUUUAUUAUAUAGUCCGAAGCAAAAAAUUGUGAAAUUUCACGCUCGAAAGCAAAUUAGAAUUCCCACCGUGGCCAAGCAUAUUUUUCAAGCUUGCCCGGUGUGGAUAUGCACUCAGAGUAACAUCACAAAACAUCAUAUUCACCUGAGUACAUUACACCAACACAGAAAAAUUCAAGUUGGGAAAAGUCACGUGAUCGAUAUCUUCACUAGUGAAGAUAUGGAAAAUAUCUCACUGUAUUUUUCAGCAUCUCACUCUCUACUAUAUAAUAAAAUUAUGUAUAAGUCCGGCAUUAAAUUCUACCGUCGCCAUGCUGAGAACAUUCGACUAUAUUUAAUGUACGGUUGAUACUUUUCCCGAUGGUUCAAUACAUUUCUUGAUUUUAAAAUAUGCGAGUCCAGCAUUGAUGUUUUCCGUAAAAAUCCGAUCAGCAUUCGAAAAAUGUUUACGUUUUAGCUUCUUUAUGAGUGAUUUUCUUCUAGCAAAAGGAAAGCCUUUCCAGGGCGUGCAGGAGUAAUUUUCGAAAUCUAUUUGUUGAAUAAAAUGGUGUUGGUGCAUAUUUUUGGAGGUUUGAUGGAAAAGUACUUUAAUCUGUGCACACUGGGCCUGUGUAAGUGGCUUGUACAAAACAACCUGAUGAUGUCAUCUACCCAAAAUUUAGUAGUCAGGCUAAUAAAAAAAUAAAAGGAGCCAAUUAACAACAGGCGACUUGCACUAAGAGGUCCCGUGACUUUAAUCCUUUUGAAAUAGUAGUUAUGGAACUACAAAUCUACAAUGAACUUACAGAGUGAUGGUUUAAUAAGCAAAAUUCUUGCACGUUUAGGGUAGGGCGCUUGGUAGAGGCAGGGAACGCUUUAUAGAGGGGCAUUUGGUGGAGAUUAUAUUUCAUUUUAUACAAGCCCUGGCUAUACAGGGUUAUAAAAAAAAACGCAAUUCAUCUUUUGUGCUUAAUAACUUUCGAAAUACUAUUUCUAGAAUUCUAGUUAAACGCUUUUAGGCUUACUUCAAAGCCUGUUCUUUUCUCUUUCAAACAAACUAUUAUCCUUGUCUCCAAUGCUAGUAAUAAUUGCACAGGAAAAGAUUUAGUAAAACCUAUCAUUUUUAGUUGCUGUUUAAUUAUGCAAGUUUACUAUGUUAUUGUUUAGUCAGUUUAAAUGUUAGAAUUUUCUUCUUUAAACUUUAAUGUUGUCGUCACUACAUCUGGAAAACCACGUAAGAACAAAUUAAAAGUAUUUGAAAAGAGACCAGGUUGUUUGAAAAUCCUAAACGAAUGCUAAAAAUCGUCAAAACAUUCUGGUGUCUGAGCCAGAGUGUCAUCGAAUUGCGAUGUAAUGUAAACAGAAAUUAUAGCAAGUUGAUGUCAGUCAGCUUAGAUGGUCCAAGCCAAAAUUAUAUCGCAUUUGAAGUUUCAAACUGAGUUAAAAAUACUGGAAGAAAAGCCGUAAUUAUACUUAUUGUUACAAUCCAUUUAAUAAAAUGCAACAUUUUUUUGUUUUAAUGAAAAAAUCAGUUAUUUUCAUGAGAACGAUUUGUUAUUCCAUCUCAAUUUUUUUAAUAUCCAAUCGCAAUAACGUAAAGUAUUAUUACCCGCGAACCAAUGAGUCAAAUCUAAGAAACAACCCACCGUUAGAAAGCUGAACGGCUACGCUUUAAAAUGAAUGUAAACUUUAAAGUUUUCGUCUAUUAUUUGUUUAGCAAUUUACAUUUCAGUCGAGGAUUGCGCUUUUUUUGAUACACCCUGUAUAUAGCUGAAAGCCAUUUUUCACUGUAAUUUUGAAUAUUGAAUAUUAAAGAUAAAUUAAAUGAAAUCAAAUAUCCAAUGAUGGAAUGUUCUCCAUAUCAAAUUUUUUCUAGACUAAAAUACAUAUUUAACGUUGUGUUAGUAUAGGGUUUGAUUGGCUUUGGUUAAAUUUGCUCGUAGCUCGCAUUAGAUUAUAGGUCCACUUGCAGCUCGCAACUGAUCAAUCAGAUCACUCGCAGCUACGCCUAGGAAUUUGAUGCAAGUUUUCCAACCUGGGAAGUAAACAAUUUAAGCAUGUUGCGCAAUGAGACUUUAGCUGUUGCUUUUGCUAACUAUUGUCAAGUGUGUAACUAAAAUUUUUGGAUGUUGCAUCAUGUGUCGAAGGGCAAUUUACACUACACAACUUUUGCCCAAAGCCUGGUUUCCUUAGGGUCGUAACGGUCGUAAAGAUUAAUCCUCCUAAAAUAAUAGGUAAUAAUUCAAAUUUUUUGUUUUAAACACUUCAAAAAAUAUUCUUACACCUUUAGGGCAGGGCGUUUGGUAGAGGGGGAACGCUUUAUAGAGGGGAAUUUGAUGAAUGUUAUAUUACAUUUUACGUAGUGCUGAAUUUUGUGUUAACUUUAUUUUGUCAAGAGCUUGAAGAGAAAAGACGUAGAAAGGAAGCUCGCUUUAUAUAUUUUAGGCCCAAUAUUACCUGAUAUAUAGAGGAUAUUACACGGCGGCGCGAAGAUAUGACUUUUAUCUUCGAGUGGUGAAAACAAUAUUUUACGCCAUGGUGUAAUGUUCGUUUUAUUAUAUAGUCCACGCAAAAAAUUGUGAAAUUUCACGCUCAAAAGCAAAUUGGAAAAAGUCACGUGAUCGAUAUCUUCACUAGUGAAGCUAUGGAAAAUAUCUCACUGUGUAUUUUUCAGUAUCUCACUCUCUUCUAUAUAAUAAAAAUUAUAUAUAAGUCCGGCAUUAAAUUCUACCGUCGUCAUGCUGAGGACAUUCGUCUAUAUUUUAAAUGUACGGUUAAUACUUUUCCCGAUGGUUCAAUACAUUUCUUGAUUUUAAAAUAUGCGAGUCCCGCAUUGAUGUUUUCCGUAAAAAUCCGAUCAGCAUUCGAAAAAUGUUUACGUUUUAGCUUCUUUAUGAGUGAUUUUCUUCUACCAAAAGGAAAGUCUUUCCAGGGCGUGCAGAAGUAAUUUUCGAAAUCUAUUUGUUGAAUAAAAUGGUGUUGGUGCAUAUUUUGGAGGUCCGAUGGAAAAGUACUUUAAUAUGCGCACACUGGGCCUGUAUAAGUGGCUUGUACAAAACAACCUGAUGAUGUCAUCUACACAAAAUUUAGUCCAGGCUAAUAAAAAAAAUAAAAGGAGUCAAUUAAUUAACAACAGGCAACUUGCACUAAGAGGUCCCGUGACUUUAAUCCUUUUGAAGUAAUAGUUAUGGAACUACAAAUCUACAAUGAACUUAAGAGUGAUGGUUUAAGCAAAAUUCUUACACGUUUAGGGCAGGGCGCUUGGUAGAGGCGGGGAACGCUUUAUAGAGGGUCAUUUGGUGGAGAUUAUAUUUCAUUUUAUACAAGCCCUAGCUAUAUAUAGCUGAAAGAGCCAUUUUUUACAGUAAUUUUGAAUAUUGAAUAUUAAAUAUUGAUAUGAAUAUUGAUAUUCAUAUCAAAUUUUUUCUAGACUAAAAUACAUAUUUAACGUUGUGUUAGGGUUUGAUUGGCUUUGGUUAAAUUUGCUCGCAGCUCGCAUCAGAUUAUAGGUCCACUUGCAGCUCGCAACUGAUCAAUCCAGAUCACUCGCAGCUACGCCUAAGAAUUUGAUACAAGUUUUCCAACUUGGGAAGUAAACAAUUAAGCAUGUUGUGCAAUGAGACUUUAGCUGCUGUUUUUUGCUUUGUUUCUGCUUUUAUCCUGCUAAGGAUGGACAAUCGGUAGACGUCCAAUAAAGGUCUUUCAAUUUUAUGUGAAUGGAAAGUCAAGUGUAUAACUAAAAUUUUUGGAUGUUGCAUCAUGUGUCGAAGGGCAAUUUACACAACACAACUUUUGCCCAAAGCCUGGUUUCCUUAGGGUCGUAACGGUCGUAAAGAUUAAUCCUCCUAAAAUAGUAGGCAAUAAUUCAAAUUUUUUGUUUUAAACACUUCAAAGAAUAUUCUUACACGUUUAGGGCAGGGCGUUUGGUAGAGGGGGAAACGCUUUAUAGAGGGUCAUUUGAUGAAUGUUAUAUUUCAUUUUACGUAGUGCUGAAUUUUGUGUAAACUUUAUUUUGUCAAGAGCUUGAAGAGGAAAGACGUCGAGAGGAAAGACGUCGAGAGGAAGCUCGCUUAAAAGGUAAAGCAAAAAAUAAUCUAAUUCCGAUUUUGCUGAUCGGGCAAGGCUGAGGCGGAAAGACUUCGCUGAUGAGAAGUCUUUUAGGAUUACCAAUCCCUCCGCCAUGCCCAUGCCCGUGGCAUUAUAACGACAAACGAACAACAGGAUAAAAGAAAGGGAAUAAAUAAGAAUUCACACAGCUGCAUUAAGCAUCCUACGAGGAGAAAGACGACGUCUCUAUUGGUUCUUCUUUAUAUAUUUUAGACCCAAUAUUAGCUGAUAUAUAGAGGAUAUUACACGGCGGGCGAAGAUAUGACUUUUAUCUUCGAGUGGUGAAAACAAUAUAACACGAGAAGAUAACAGUCAUAUCUUCAAGCCAUGGUGUAAUGUUCGGUUUAUUAUAUAGUCCCAAGUAAAAAAAUUGAUAUUUCACGCUCAAAAGCAAAUUGGAAAAAGUCACGUGAUCGAUAUCUUCACUAGUGAAGAUAUGGAAAAUAUCUCACUGUGUAUUUUUCAGUAUCUCACUCUCUUCUAUAUAUAUAAUAAGAUUGCAUAUAAGUCCGGCAUUAAAUUCUACCGUCGUCAUGCUGAGGACAUGCGGGGGACGCUUUAUAGAGGGCCAUUUGGUUGAGAUUAUAUUUCAUUUUAUACAAGCCCUAGCUAUAUAUAGCUGAAAGCCAUUUUUCACAGUAAUUUUGAAUAGUGAAUAUUAAAGAUAAAUUAAAUUAAAUCAAAUAUCCAAUGAUGUUGUGAUGGAAUGUUCUUCAUAUCAAAUUUUUUCUAGACUAAAAUACAUGUUUAACGUUGUAUUAGGGUUUGAUUGGCUUUGGUUAAAUUUGCUCGUAGCUCGCAUUAGAUUAUAGAUCCCCUCGCGGCUCGCAACUGAUCAAUCCAGAUCACUCGCAGCUACGCCUAGGAAUUUGAUGCAAGUUUUCCAACCUGGAAAGUAAACAAUUAAGCAUGUUGUGCAAUGAGACUUUAGCUGUUGUUCUUUGCUUUGUUUCUGCUUUUAUCCUGCUAAGAAUGGACAUUCAAUAGACGUCCAAUAAAGGUCUUUCAAUUUUAUGUGAAUUAAGCUAACUAAAGUCAAGCGUAUAACUAAAAUUUUUGGGUGAUGCAUUAUUUGUCUGAAGGCCAAUUUACACUACACAACUUUUGCCCAAAGCCUGGUUUCCUUAUGGUCGUAACGGUCGUAAAGAUUGAGUCACGAUCUUUUUCAACAGCUGAAAUACAACUGAAAGUAGGCAGAGUGAUAAUAUAUAGAGAAUAUGUAUGAUUGAAAUGUGGUUUACAGGUAUAAAAACUAUUAUAAUCUGGUUGAUGAGAAAGAUCGUAACUUUAUCUUUUAUGACUGUUACAACCAUAUAUGGAAACCUUUCUUAAAACUGUUGCAUGCAACGUGCUUACAACUUGAGUUGUACUGUGUAAUUGGAGAUGUGUUUGGCUGCAUGAUCAGAUUAAAACAUAUCAAAUGCUCUUUUGAGAGAUGAGGCGAGCCAGCCCGGGUACCCAAGCCGACCUGAUUUAAGGGUGCCCAGGCUGGGAAAUUUUCCAUAGAAACGCAAUGGCUCGGGCUGGCUUGUUUAGGCAGGCUAUAAGUAUUUUGCUCUGUUCACAAGAAUAUAUUGUUUUCUCGUCAGAUUUCGAUCGUGUUUCAUUUUACAUAGUGCUAAAUCUUGUUUUAACUUUAUUUUGUCAGAAGUGGAAGAAUAUACCCGUGCAUAUUCGGAAGCUCUCCAAGAAGGUAAAGCAAAAAAUAAUCGAAUUCCGAUUAUGCUGAUCGGGCAAGACCGAGGCGGAAAGACUUCGCUGAUGAGACGUCUUUUGGGAUUACCAUUCAACAAAGAUCAACCCAGUACCACUGGGAUUGACGUUAAUGUUAUCGAGCUAACAGAACAAAAUGCAGAAGAUCCCUGGAAAAAGAGAGAAGUGAAAGAGUUUAUGGCCAAUGAAGGUGAGGCAAAGACUGUGAUAUACAAAAAAACGGUGGAGUACUUUGAUAGAGGCGUUCAGAGGAAUUUAGAAGGGGAUGCGCCAGAGCCAUUGACGCCAGUGAUGCCAGUGAAGUCAGUGAUGCCAGUGAAGCCAUUGCCAGUGAAGCCAUUAAGCCCAUUAUUAACAGAAGAAAUCUCCAAAAUCAAAUCGCAGAGUUCCACUGUACACGACCAGAAAGAGGUUCUUCGGGUAUUUGUAAGUGACUUUGCUGGACAGUCAAUCUAUUACGAUACCCAUGGCUGCUUUGUGAAACCGCAUUGCCCUUAUGUUUUGGUUCACAACCUUUCUCUGGAGUUUGAUAAACCCGCCGUUCCCAGGUUUAAAGCAAGUUAUGAAAAGAAAGAGAUAGAGAUGAACAAUCCUCAUCUUAAUACCAAUUUAGAUAAUUUUACAUCAUGGUUGAAGCUUUUGCAAGGUUUAGGAGAAUACCAAGAUCAACAGUUCCCUGAUGAAACUGGUCACCGUACUACUGCAGACGGUCGUAAUUUUAAACGCCCACCAGUAUUAAUAGCCUUAACUCACAGUGAUAAGGUGAAAGGCAACGACGCCAAAAUACUUAGCGUAAAGAAGAGAAUCGAAAAUGUCGUGUCUGCAAGUGACUAUGAGAAUGUCAUUCCUGGGGUUUUGCUGAUCGACAAUACAUUGGAAGGCGACGACGGAGACGACGUGCGAAAGCUUCGUAGAGAGCUUUUUGACUACUCGAAUGCAGUCCUUAACCAGGAGAUUUUAAUGCCUGUGAAGUGGCUAAAUUUUGAAGUUGCUCUAAGACAGAAGCUAUCACCAGAUUGCAAGUAUAUCCCAGUUGACGAAGCUAAGCAGGAAGCGGAGGCCUGUGGCGUUGGGGAGUUUGAUCAAGCUAUCAAAUUUCUACACCGCCAAGGUGUGGUCGUACACCACAGUGGAUCCAGCAAGGUUGUAUUGGAUCCUCACUGGCUAAUGAAUCGCUUCACGGAUGUGAUCUCCAUGCCUGGCCAAUUGGAUGCCUUGUCCAGGCACGCUCUUGAUGUCUUUGAACGGAAGUGCAUUUUGUUUCGAGAAUAUCUUCAGACGCUGAAAGACGCGGAACUUUUAGAGGAGCUUAUGCAAAAGUUUAAUUUGAUUUGUUCUUGCCAGCACGAGGGAAAGGCUGCUUUUUAUGUCCCUUCAGUUGCACCAGCUAUGAAACCAGGAAAAGAGUUGGAAGCUAGCAAUGUUCCAUCGCUGUUUGUGACAUUUCCUCGCAAACUUGUACCGAUGGGCCUGUUUACGAAGCUUCAAGUGAGGUUAAUUUCUGAGUGUGAAAAGCGGUUCCCCCAUCAACAAGCCACGCCUUCAUUCUACUGCAACUACUCCUCGCUUCUGUUUAUAAUAGAAGACGACGUGUAUGAUGUUCAUUUAAUCGACCUCCACGAGUUCAUCAAGGUUGCCGUUUUUCCAAAACAAGAUGGCAACCAUUUUAAGUUUGCCAGUCAUUUCAAAGCCACCUUGAAAAAGUGCUUGGACGACCUUAAAUCUCCAGAUCAACUAUUAUUCAGUAUGACCAGCUAUGACUUCGAAGUGAAAUGUACCUGCUGCUUCGGUAAAGAAGAAAGAGAAUGUUCUCGUCAUAAUGCAAUCGAGUGUGAUUCAGACCGUUGUGGGCACCGCCACUUCUGGAAGCUUAGUGACCUUCAGAGAUUCUACAACGAUCAAUCUUUUGUAGUUUGCCGGUCGAACAACUCGACCACGAAGUUUGAGAUAAAGAGUGUAAAAAUUUGGCUCAAUACUGGUAAGUGGCUAAUGCUAAAGGUGUUUUUACUUUGCCCGUGUUCAAAUGGUUAGUUGACAAUUCUUAAAUCAUAUUUAACAAUUAGAUAAAUUGCCUAAUUAUUGAAUAUAAGUUGUAUAAUUUAUUUUAGUAUUAUGGUGAUAUAUCCUUUGUUAAUCAGGCUCAGUUGCUGCAAUCUGAUUAAUUGAUAUAAUAUUAGUGCAAUUGAAAUUAUCGCCAAUUGCACUUGAAUGCAAUUUGAGCAUUAAUUGCAGUGUUUUGUAAUUGUAGAUUGUAAUUGCACACUUUGUUUAGCCAGGAGAAACGAACCUAGUUCCCGGGGUUGACCAAUUGGCAAUUGUAUUCGAUUUAGGCUGUUUUUCCAAAUUGAUUUUGUGAGCACUAUUGACAAAUAAUUUAUGGUUUUGAUAAAUGAAUGCAAAGCCCAGUUGAACUGCAUUCACGACCCAACGUUUUGACACUCAACUCUAGUGUCUUCAAUCUUGACAAUGAAUGCUGUUUUGUUUUCUGUGUUGUUUUAUUAACUGACACAUGGUUUUAUAUCAUACCUAAUUUAUUAAUUUUUUUAUACUUGCACAUUUUUGUGCAAAGUUUAGCCGAGCAGAAGCACGCCCUGAAAAUAUCUUAACACACCCUUAUAAUAAUGUGUAACCACAAAACAGGCUACCAUUGAUAUUCAAAAAUGUCAAAACCAACAUACACUGAACAGCACUCAGGGAAAUUUGGGUGCCCAGGACAAAAAUGUCUUGGCCCCCUCGUGAUUCCAUCUUCUAACACAAUGAUUAGGAGAGUCCGGAGGCAUUGUCCCGGAAAGUUUUGAAAUCUGAGGUCCCAGAGAUGGUGAAAUCCUGCAUUCUGGAAGUCUGUUGAAAGUUAUAUCUAUAUUUAUAUUUUACUGUAAUUUUUAUUUGGGUCUUCCUUUAACUGGGGUCCCAGGGCAAAUUGCCCCCUCCAUCCCUCUGGGCGGCCUUGACAGCACCUGCAGUUACGACAAUCUAAGACAGCAUAGUUUCAUAAUCACAUGCUUGCAGGAAAGAAAUAUUUUUGUGUUGUUUUGCAUUUUGUGAGCUUUAAUUUAAUGUAAAAUUUAAAUCUGAAACGCUUCGUUAAAAGUUGCAGGAAAUCCUUUUUAACAUUUUUAUGUUUCUGUGAAUGUAGUUUUUCUAUGCUUGACACACUUAUGACACGCUAUGGUUUGUCGUGGCUCUAAAAAGUUAUACAAACUUUGCAUGCUUCGUGCACUACUAUGGGGAUAGAGUUAGGUGUCAGACUUAAAUGUACAUAACGGAGAUCACUACUGGAAACAUCUAAGUUUUCAAUACAGUUUUUGCAAUGGGUAUUAAGGCCUGUUUCCACGGGCGUUUUCUUCGGCGAAAUGCGAGAAAUUUCGCGCGAAAUGAAUUAGGUGUAUGCGCAGUAAAGAUAAAUUAAGCUUCGCAAGAAAUAAUUUCGCUUCAGCAGUGUAGAUUUAAGUCAGUUCUAGUCACUGCGAAAGCGGAAAAAGUGGGAAAAUUCAAUAGAAUCACUCAUGUGCAGCCAUCCGUAUUUCGCAGACACAAUUUCUCACGAAGAAUUUCGCCGUCGUGGAAUCAGGUCUUAAACUUAAGUUGUCAUUUGUUUCGCCUCUGGUUAUUCCGGCUCUUGCAAUGGUUGGUCAACUACACGUGCCAUCAUGUUUAUUAAGAGGCAAAAGCCUAUAGGCAAAUUAGGAAACACUUGAAAAUCUUGAAGUUUUCUUGAAUGUUUCGCUGUUUGUCGAGCUUUGGAAACAGUUCUUACGAAGCAAACAUAUUUCCCAAUAAAUUCAGAAACAUAUUUUGUUUCUCCAUGUGAUUUUUUAGCAGAAAUAAUUGUUUCUUGUUUGUCCACUUUCGAGAAGAAGGCUGUAGCAGACAUUGUUUCCUGGUUUGCUCAGCUUCGAGAAACAUGGCUUAGAAACAAUGUUUCAUGGUUUACCAACCUUUUAAAAUAAAAAAAAUUCUGAAGAAAAUUCUAUCUUGUCUUUUGUUAUAGACACCAUUGCUUCACAAAAACCAACACGGAAAAGAAAGAAGCCAAUGUCAUCUAAAGAAAGCUCUAUGUGUAAUAAUAAUCAUCACUAUUAUUAUUAUUAUUAUUGUUUUCCAUAUCUCUGUCCCCAUCUUCAUCCUUUUCCUCAUUUUUGUCUUAAUCCUUAUUCUCAUCCUCGUUUUUAUCCUCAUCCUUAUUGUAAUCUUUAGUGUUGUCGUUAACCAUAUUGUUGUUCUUAUUCUUUUCAUUACUUUUAUCUUUUCAUCCAGGGUGCGAUAAUUCGUACCUGACUGGUACUCUAAUUAUGUUUUUUGCCGCCUACUUGAACUGGUACGACUUAAGACUCAAGGUGUACUUAAUCCUCAAAAUGAAGUCCAUAUAUAGUACGGGUUUCUGAAAGGUAUUCAUUCAGUAACGUAACUACGAGUUAGAACAAGGAGAACAAUUACAUAGUUACACAAACAUACAGUUAACUCUCAUCAGUGCAAUCAUGCCAAGAUAUGUCAGAGUUGCACAUACAAACUUAAAUUGCGGUUUUCAAUACUUUGCGUUUGGAAAGGUCAUGUGGUACCAGCAAAAUGUAAGUACGCAGAUAGCAAGAGUUCCGCGUACCUACACGUGCUACUUGCAUGGUUGAAAACAAAGAAGUACCAGACCGUAAUAUUGGCGUUCUUCCGGUACGUAAGUACGCGAAUUAUCACAUUCUGUCAUCCUUAUCCCUGUCCUCAUCUUUAUUGUUAUUGUUGUUAUAAUUAUUACUACCAUAACUUUGCUUGGUUGUAGGCAACUAUCAAAAUCUUUAUUUUUUGUUUUUUCCUUUUAUAACAAAAAAGCCAACAAAGUUCGAAGACUGAAAAAGCGUGGUAAAUCUGUCGAUAUGAUUGCUUUGAAAAACAAAGAUGACGAUGAACCAACCAGCACAG